UGUGAAGUUUGUGCUUAAAUAUCUGCUCAGCAGAGAUCUCUCAGCUGCAUAGUAGCUCCAGAGACAGUUUUGGGGGUCAGUUCGCAGCAGAGGAUGUGGUCACUCAGGGAAGGGAAAUUGGAUUGGUCUGCACCAGCCUUCAUGGAAGACGACGGUGUGUGUUGCACUGAAGUGCCAGCUGGGAGCGAGGCGAACUUCAGGGAAACAAGUCUGUCUGGUCAUGACAGCCACGUCCCUAGUUCUGUAGUUCUUGAAGCAAUAGAAAAUGUUAUUCAAGACGUACUUAAAAGCUUGGCCCAAAAAAAAGCACCUGUUCUUACAGUGGCUGACAGAUCAGAUUGGAAGAAUAUAGAGUUUAAAGAUUCUAUAGGUCUACAGAUGGUACCACAUAGUACUACAAAACAGAUCAGAAGUGACUGCCCUAGAUCAGCACACAAAUUUGCUCUGAUACUCAAACUAUUAUCUAUGAUCUAUAAGAUGGUGCAGAGCAAUACUUAUGCAACUAAAAGAGAUAUAUAUUAUUCAGAUACACUACUCUUUGGUAGCCAAACUGUUGUGGACAAUAUAAUCAAUGACAUUUCUUGCAUGCUUAAGAUACCUCGGAGAAGUCUACACAUACUGUCUACAACUAGAGGUUUUGUAGCUGGGAAUUUAAGUUACACUGAAGAAGAUGGUACAAAAGUGAAUUGUACUUGCAGUGCAACAGCAGUCACUGUGCCAUCUAAUGUUCAAGGAAUUAAAAAUUUAAUCUCACAUGCCAAAUUUAUGUUAAUUGUAGAAAAAGAUGCAACUUUUCAAAGACUCCUGGAUGAUGACUUCUGCAAUAGAUUGUCCCCAUGCAUAAUGAUUACGGGAAAAGGUGUACCAGAUCUCAAUACAAGACUUUUGGUCAGAAAGCUGUGGGAUACCUUUCAAAUUCCUAUUUUCACCCUUAUGGAUGCAGAUCCACAUGGUGUAGAAAUAAUGUGCAUCUACAAAUAUGGAUCUCUGUCAAUGUCUUUUGAGGCCCAUCAUCUCACCGUUCCAUCUAUAAAGUGGCUUGGUCUCCUUCCAUCUGAUCUAGAGAGAUUAAAUAUACGCAAAGAUGCCCUGAUUCCCUUUACAAAGCAAGAUCAAAAUAAGUUAGCAAGUUUACAAAAGAGACCUUACAUUGCUUGUCAGCCGACAUGGAAAAAAGAACUGGAAAUUAUGGCAGCAUCUAAACUGAAGGCUGAAAUUCAAGUUUUGACUUCUCUUUCAUCAGACUACCUUUCCAGAGUCUAUUUACCAAACAAACUGCAGUUUGGUGGAUGGCUAUGAGUGCCUUUUUGCAAAUGAAAAGUUUUUCUUGAUAGCGAUUUGUUUUGUUGACCACUCAUAGAAAAAAUAUCAAGACACAGAGGAGUAUGCUUCAUCUUAUAGUUAGGUUUCUUUACCACUGUUUCUAGAUUAACAUUCUUUCUCCUCUUUCAAACCUUCAGAGGAAUUAAUUAUUUAUUUGCUAUUAUAAAAUCCUUUUACUACCAUUCUGUGGCUUCUGCACUGUAACGAUGCCCAAUGCAAUGGUAUAUGCAGGAAAAGAUAAUGAGAGAUGUUCUUUCUGUCCAGAAAAUGUUAAGUUCAAAAACGUAUCAAGGAAUUGCUUGGUCUUCUGCCUUAAAGCACAAUGUGAUGCUGUACCAACCUUUUUAUUUUUGAGGAGAGUAAAAGACUUCGUUAAGAAUUUAUUGCACGUGCCUCCUUUGGCAAAUUACUUCUGAGUACAGCAUUGUGGCAUUUUGUGUUUGCUGUUUAGUUUGGACUGAAACGUCAGAGAUACUCCAUUACUGUGUAUCUCAAGCAGCCGUAUAUGUUCCAGGAACCACAUUAUUAUUUGUCUUCGAUGAACAAGUAAGGAAGCAGAUGUAACUGAUUAAGAAUUUAAUA